CCCCAGACUGGGAACUUCGCCCUUCAAGCAGCUGUAGCAACUUCACCCUCGGACGGAGACCGAGAGCAGACCAUGGGGCGACGCAAGCCCGCCGCUGCGGCCAAGCACGCAAGCGUGUUCGGCGACGAGCGCGUGGUCGUGGGUGUGGACGACCUGGUGCUGCUGCCGUCCGUGAGCGAGACGUCCAUCCUGGAGAACCUCAAGAUGCGCCACGCCGCCGACGUCAUCUACUCGUACAUCGGCCACGUGCUCGUGGUCGUGAACCCGUACAAGUGGCUGGACAUCUACGGCGAGGACAGCAUGCACGCCUACAUGCACAAGGCGCGCGUCGACGUGCCGCCGCACGUGUUCGCCACGGCCGAGGAGACGUACCGCACCAUGCUCAGCGAGGAGGACAACCAGUGCGUCAUCAUCAGCGGCGAGAGCGGCGCCGGCAAGACCGAGGCCUCCAAGCAGAUCCAGAACUACAUCGCGGGCGUCAGCGGCAGCGGCGCGGGCGUCGACAAGGUCAAGCGCACCUUCCUGGAGAGCAACCCGCUGCUCGAGGCCUUUGGCAACGCCAAGACGCUGCGCAACAACAACUCGAGUCGCUUCGGAAAGUACUUCGAGCUGCUCUUCGACUCGGCGGGCCGGCCGCAAGGUGGCAAGGUCACCAACUACUUGCUGGAGAAGUCGCGCGUCGUCAAGCCCGGCAAGGGAGAGAGGAACUUCCACAUCUUCUACCAGGUGCUGGCGGGCUUGCCGGCCGCAGCCAAGCAGAAGCUCUACUUGGACCGAGGCGGGCCCGACAGCUUCCACUACUUGAAGGUCAGUGGGUGCUAUGACGUCGACGAUGUCAACGAUGCGCAGGAGUUCGAGGAGACCAUGGCGGCCAUGCAGCACGUGGGCAUCAAACGGAAGCAGAUCGAGCUGGUGAUCCAGACGCUGGCGGCGGUGCUGCACAUUGGCAACGUGCACUUCCAGCCGGAGACUGUGGGGGAUGCGGAAGGUUCUUCUGUGCGCGACCGCGAGAGCUUGAAGAUCGCGUGUGAACUGUUGGGCCUUGAUGCGGCGCGUGUGGAGCACGCUCUGUGCUACAAGUUGCUGCAGACGAUGGCGCCUGGUGGGAAGAUUGAGUCGUACGAGGUGCCGCAGAACACGAGCCAAGCCACGGCGCAGCGGGACUCGAUUGCCAAGGCUGUGUACGACCGGUUGUUCGACUUCCUGGUGGAGCGCGUGAACCACGCGCUGGACAUUGAAAAGAAGGCGGAGAAGCAUGGCGAGAUCCUGGAGAUUGAAGACAUGACCAAGAUCGGUAUUCUGGAUAUCUACGGCUUUGAAAUCUUCGACAAGAACGGCUUCGAGCAGUUCUGCAUCAACUACGUGAACGAGAAGCUGCAGCAGAUUUUCAUCGAACUUACGCUCAAGAGCGAGCAGGAGGAGUACGCGCGCGAAGGCAUCGCAUGGUCACCGAUUCCGUUCUUCAACAACAAGGUCGUGUGCGAUUUGAUCGAAGCGCGUCGCCCUACGCCCGGCAUCUUCCUCAUUCUUGACGACACAGUCAAAACGAUGCACUCCCGACAGGGAGAAAGCGUGGAUGCGAAUUUCCUGGAGAAGGUCGCAGGGAUCCAUGGGUCCCAUCCGCACUUCUCCAAGCGUGGCAAGACUUUCGAGGUCAAACACUAUGCAGGUGACGUGCAGUACAACAUUGACGGCUUUGGAGACUCGAACAAGGAUUUCUUGAGCAAGGACAUCGCGCUCAUCAUCAGUGAGACGUCCAACAAGCUCAUGCGCUACAUUUUCCCUGAGGAGAUCGACCUGAAUGACAAACGGAUGGCGAACACGGCCGGAUACAAGAUCCGUACUCAAUGUGAAGCUCUUGUCACUGCGCUGAUGGACUGCACACCUCACUACGUGCGCUGCAUCAAGUCCAACGACCAGAAACAGCCCAACAAGAUGGAUGAUCGUCGCGUGGUACACCAGAUCAAGUAUCUUGGUCUUCUUGAGAACGUCAAGGUUCGCCGUGCAGGUUACGCCUACCGUGGAGACUAUGGCCGCUUUGUGGAUCGUUUCCGACUGCUGAGCAAGGAGACCUACCCAGAGUUCCGUGGAUCGGAUAAGAAGGGUACCCAAGCAGUUCUGCGCGCUGCUGUAAAAUCGCUUCCGCAACUUGAAAAGGAAGUUCAGCUUGGAAAAACAAUGGUGUUCAUCCAGACACCCGAAACCUUUUUCGAGCUGGAGAAAUUGCGAGAGAAAAAGCUUGGUUCGUUCGUGAUGCGGAUUCAGAAGGCGUGGAAGAAGUACUAUGGCCGUCGUCAUUUGCUGCAGCUCAGCCACGACAUCACCAAGCUGUACGCGUCUAAUAACAAGCAACGUCAGCGCGUGAGUAUUUACCGCCCUUUCGACGGAGACUAUCUGCGAGACAGUACUAUUCGCGAAGCGGUCAUGGGGAUUAUCCAGCACUAUGGCGACUCCGAGAAGAUUGUGUUUAUGGAUGAGAUUCAAAAGGCUUGUCCGAUUGCUGGAGUAUCUCCCGACGGAUCACCAAUUGCGCUGGCAGGACGGGUUCUGAUUGUCACGGACCAGUAUUUGUAUCUAAUGGAGAAGCGUACGUGGCAGCCUGUGGUGGAUCCGAAGAGCACGUUUGUGCCUCCUUUGGUGUACCUUCGUCGUCGUCUACGGUUGACCGCUAUUGAAGAAAUCACGAUGAGUACAAUGGCUGAUCAGUACUUCGUAUUGAAAGUGCGUCAAGAACCGCUCCUUGCUGAACCUAACAAGAGCAACUGGGUGGACAAUAAAUCUACGAUGGUGUGUAUGUCUACCGGCAAGAAGUUCGGGCUGUUCAACCGCCGCCACCAUUGCCGAUACACUGGCAAGAUUUACUGCAACGAUGUUUGCAAGCAGCUGGAAGUGGUGCCCGAUCUUGGAUUCUAUACGCCGUCCCGCGUGUAUGACAAGGUGAUUGGACUCAUGUCUACGGAAAUGCCUGAAGACCAGCUCCUUCUAUCGGAGAAGAAAACCGAGAUCGCCGUCACGCUUGUGGACGCAAUACGCUCCUUGGCGAGUGUAGCAACUCCGAUCAGCUUCAGUGACUCUAUUCGUCUCCGCCGCGCCGCGAGUGUUGGACUGUCGAAAACACCAUCGCAGCAGAUUCAGUUUGUUUCGGCUGGACACGACAGAAUUACAGGCGACGCGAACAGUGUACAGAUUCAUGUGACACCAGGAGUGCCUGACGAGUACAUUCGCAAGCGCCGCAAACGUGAGAAGGCACGCCGCAAGAAACUGGAACGGCAACGCGAGGAAGAGUUGGCGAUGCGGGCGCAGCGCCAAGAGCAGCGCAGCCGAGAGCGUGAAGCGGAGCGUUUGCGCCGCGUCGCUGAAAAGAAAGCCAAGAAGCAGGCUGAGAAGGAAGCUCGGAAGCAUGCGCUUACGUACAGGAAGUCUGCAAAGGCGUCCAUGGAAUCGGUGCGGAAGUUUGGCGAGAGUGUUCAAAGUUCCCCUGCAAACGGAGGCAUCGGUGGAGCCAACAGCGAAUUAGCUGCCAUCCUUGCUCGUCGUCGUGGGGCAUAAACGAAGGCACUCUAGCGGCAUUACACUGGGAAAGGAAUACGACAGGCUCGU